UGCAGCCUGUCUGUCGACUCUGUCUGUCUGUGUCAGUCAGUAGGUCACCAGCGCCUCUUGAUCUCUGCCAACACUUUGUUACUUUCAUCACCAACCAACCACCAUCCAUCAUGAGGGAAAUCGUGCACAUCCAGGCCGGCCAGUGCGGGAACCAGAUUGGUGCAAAGUUCUGGGAGGUGAUCAGCGAUGAGCACGGCAUCGACCCGACCGGAACCUACCAUGGAGACAGCGACCUGCAGCUGGACAGGAUCAGUGUGUACUACAACGAGGCCACUGGUGGGAAGUAUGUGCCCCGAGCCAUCCUUGUUGACCUGGAACCAGGCACCAUGGACUCAGUCCGCUCUGGACCUUUUGGACAAAUCUUCAGGCCUGACAACUUUGUUUUUGGUCAAAGUGGAGCAGGAAACAACUGGGCCAAAGGUCACUACACGGAGGGGGCAGAACUGGUGGAUUCAGUCCUGGAUGUGGUGAGAAAGGAGGCUGAAAGCUGUGAGUGUCUGCAGGGUUUCCAGCUCACGCACUCCCUGGGAGGAGGCACCGGCUCCGGCAUGGGCACCCUGCUCAUCAGCAAGAUCAGGGAGGAGUACCCUGACCGCAUCAUGAACACCUUCAGCGUGGUGCCCUCUCCAAAGGUCUCGGACACAGUGGUUGAGCCGUACAACGCCACGCUGUCCGUCCACCAGCUGGUAGAAAACACAGACGAGACCUACUGCAUUGACAACGAAGCCCUUUAUGACAUCUGCUUCCGCACUCUCAAACUCACCACGCCCACCUACGGCGACCUCAACCACCUGGUCUCGGCCACCAUGAGCGGCGUGACCACCUGCCUGCGUUUCCCCGGCCAGCUCAACGCUGAUCUGAGGAAACUGGCCGUCAACAUGGUGCCCUUCCCCCGUCUCCACUUCUUCAUGCCUGGCUUUGCCCCUCUGACCAGCAGGGGGAGCCAGCAGUACCGCGCCCUGACGGUGCCCGAGCUCACCCAGCAGGUGUUUGACGCCAAAAACAUGAUGGCGGCCUGCGACCCCCGCCACGGACGCUACCUGACGGUGGCCGCCGUGUUCCGCGGCCGCAUGUCCAUGAAGGAGGUGGACGAGCAGAUGCUGAACGUCCAGAACAAGAACAGCAGCUACUUCGUGGAGUGGAUCCCCAACAACGUCAAGACGGCCGUCUGCGACAUCCCGCCGCGCGGCCUCAAGAUGGCCGUCACCUUCAUCGGCAACAGCACCGCCAUCCAGGAGCUGUUCAAACGCAUCUCUGAGCAGUUCACCGCCAUGUUCCGCCGCAAGGCCUUCCUCCACUGGUACACCGGCGAGGGCAUGGACGAGAUGGAGUUCACCGAGGCGGAGAGCAACAUGAACGACCUGGUCUCCGAGUACCAGCAGUACCAGGACGCCACGGCCGAGGAGGAGGGAGAGUUUGAGGAAGACGUGGAAGAGGAUGCCUAAAAAAGUAAACCAGAAAAUGAUGUAACAUGAGCUGAAGAAUAAGGAGAAGAUAAUAAUCAAAAAGAGAAAAAAAAAAUCCUGAAAAAAGAAACAAUAUUGUGA